AUGGCUACUCUUCAUCAUGCUCACGGCAUCAUCUAUCACUAUUCUCCUUUUCCCUCUAAUUCCUCUUCAUCACUGACCAACAGAUCCAUUUCCUACAAAUACAAACUCCCCGCAACCGGAAACCGGAUGACUCGGUCCUCAUCUUCUGAUCAGGCGUUUGAUGUUGUUAUAGUCGGUGCUGGUAUCAUUGGUUUAACCGUUGCUCGCCAGUUUCUGAUGGAUUCGGAGUUGUCAGUCGCCAUUGUUGAUAAAGGUGUUCCUUGUUCUGGUGCCACUGGCGCAGGGCAGGGAUAUCUAUGGAUGACACACAAAACACCCGGGACUGCUGCAUGGGAUCUUUCUAUGAGAAGCCAUCAACUUUGGAUGAUGAUGGCAGAAAACCUACAACAGCAAGGGUUGGAUCCUAUGGUGGAGUUGGGUUGGAAAAAAACUGGGAGCCUUUUAGUUGGUAGAACUUGUGAAGAGUCAGACACGUUAAAAGGGAGGGUGAAGCAGCUAAGUGAGGCUGGGCUGAAAGCAGAGUACUUGUGUAGCAUGGAUUUGUCUAAACGGGAACCUGAUCUGUUGGUAGAUAAAGAUACUGCAGCUGCAUUUCUACCUGAUGAUUGUCAAUUGGAUGCUCAUCGUGCUGUUGCAUAUCUUGAAAAGGCUAACAGAAACUUUGCAUCAAAAGGAAGAUAUGCAGAAUUUUAUGAUGACCCUGUGAAAUGUUUCAUCAGGUCAGAUAGCAAUGGCGUUGAAGCUGUUCAGACUUCCAAGAAUACAUUAUACAGCAAGAAGGCAGUUAUAGUUGCUGCUGGUUGUUGGACUGGUUCUUUGAUGCAGGAUUUGUUUAGAAAUUGGGGAAUGGAGUUUCAUGUUCCUGUAAGGCCCAGAAAGGGUCACCUACUCGCACUUCAGAACUUCAAUUCUCUUCAAUUGAACCAUGGCUUGAUGGAGGCAGGUUAUGUUGACCAUCCAUCUAUUUCUGGUUUGGAAUCAUCCGACCAUGCACAGAACUUAUCAGUUUCAAUGACAGCAACAAUAGACGCAGCAGGAAAUCUUCUUAUCGGGAGCAGCCGGGAGUUUGUUGGGUUCAACACUGAUUCGGAUGAGUCUGUUAUCAGUCUCAUAUGGAAGCGGGUUGCAGAGUUCUUCCCAAAAUUGAAAAUGCUUUCCCUUUCAGACCUAAGCGCAAGUAGAAAAGUCCGAAUAGGAUUACGGCCAUACAUGCCUGAUGGUAAGCCAAUGAUUGGGCCUGUGCCUGGCUUGUCAAAUGUGUACCUUGCGGCUGGACAUGAAGGGGGUGGACUUUCAAUGGCUUUGGGGACUGCUGAAAUGGUCGUUGAUGUGGUGUUGGGCCGUACAGGAAAAGUUGACAGUGCGCCUUUUGCUGUGGAUCGAGUUCUUGAGUAA